UAUCACAGAAGAUUCUUUAAAAUGACAUUCAGAUGUACAAAUUGCUGACGAAAUAUGAUAUGACAUUGGUUUUGUCGAUGCGAAAUUGAAAAUAUUACGAAAUGUCUACUGUAACAUCAGGCUUACGAUGUCAGCUUAACAGAAUGCAACUUCACAAGUGGAGGUCGAGGUCACAGACUUUAUUAGAAAACAGUGAAAAAAUUGCUUCAAAUUUACAUAUUCCAGCAAUGAAUGGCGCAGUAUUUUUUAAAAGUGGAAAUAAUGGAGGUCACAUGUACAGUUACCGUAAAAGGAGGACACUUAUUCCUGGUGUUUGGCAAAAUCACCCCUGGAUUCUAGACAGUAGACUUCAUAGAUUUAAACACUGGAAAGAUUUUAAUUUUGAGAAAAGAUUUUCAUUUUCUUUAAAAUCUCGUGGCCCAUCGACUUUGUCAACACAACAGAAGAUAUACAACUUAGCAUGUAAGUCACCAAAUAUGGAAAAAGGUCAUCAUGAGAAACUUCUAGGUUAUUCAUUCCAACAAAAUGUUCAUGGAAUUCAAACAUAUCGUAGGGUUCCAGUAAGGUCAAGUUCUCUCAUGCGUUCUGUACAGACUUGCAGGCAAAAGCUCUUCAUUUGUCGCCACAUUAGUACUUGCACUCAGGACCAGAAGAAGAAGGAGAGUGUGAAAGAUAUAGAUGUGGUAAAAGAAAUGGAGAAAAAAGGCGACAAGUCCCGGAAAACUAUCAGGAAGAAAGUACAGCCAGUCAUACGACAGGUUCCUCGUCAAGUGACAGUGUAUACUGUUGGAGAUGAACUAAACUUUGAAAGCUUCACAAAACAUCUGGCUGUAGAGCAACUUUAUGAUGUAUCCCAAAUGCCAGAAGACCUUCUGGAUAAAGUCAUUCAUGUGACCUCGCGGUAUCAACCAGAAAACUACCCCAAAAAGGACAUUUUCUUUUUCAGUGAGGGAUCAGUUGUGUUUUGGAAUGUACAUGAAGAUGAGAGGUUGAAAAUACUGAAGGACAUGAUGAAACAUUGUGUGGAGUUAAAUGACAUGAAACUGAUAAUGGAUGAGAGCGACAGUCUGGAGGUCCAGCCUACCAAAUUGGAGACAUUCCUUAAUAAUGACGUUAUCAACAUCAAUGAAGAUGAGGAUGUGGCAGAUUUAAUCCUUGUCAAAUACGCCUUCUCCAAUGCUCUUUCACAAUCAGUGAAGCUAAGCAUAUGGGAAACAGAACUACACAGACACAGUAAAAAAUGUGAAGACAUUUCUGAGGCAUUAAGAAAAGGGAGUAAUGUGCGUAUGGACAAACAGAAGAUUUUGAAAACAUUGGGAGCAAUUUUCACUAUUCGACAGUCCAUGAAUUUGGGUUCAGAGCUCCUGGAUACCCCAGACUUUUACUGGGACAGAAAUAAGCUGGAGAGCCUGUACAGACAGUGCUACAAUCACCUCUGUGUCCCUCACAGGAUCAAGGUGAUGAAUGAGAAGAUGAGCUACUGUAUAGAACUGCUAGAGCUUAUCAAGGAUUUGGAGAGCGACAAACGACACAUUCGACUUGAGUGGAUCAUCAUUUUUCUUAUCGCAUUCGAGGUUGUUCUGGAGUUGUGGAAAGGGAUGAAAUAAUCCAAAGAAAAUCAAUAUAAAACAAACAAAUUGCAGUGUUUUUCUUGUUUAUUCAUAAACAUAAACAUAU